GAGUGGCCAGAUACCUGUUGGCUCCUGAGCAGCAUCGCCCAGUGCAGCCUCCGUUAGGAGCAGGAGCAAAAUCGACAGUCCCACGGGGCGAGAGGGGUCCAUGGUCCAGGGCGACUAGCCGCCCGCUGGGCGAGGCGUCCGAGAUAUCGCUGGGCGGGAGGAGGCGAGCAGUGUCCUGCUCCAGUCGGCCGGAGUGCCGGCUUUAUGCCGGGCGAGCGUCCGGCCGACCCCCGCCGGGGCGGAGCCUGAGGGGUGGCUGAUUUAAGCCGGGGGGCUGUGACCCCGCCCCUGCUGCAAACUGUGUAAGAGGGAGAGGAAUUAUCCGCCAACUUGAAAAGUUGAAUUGAACCUGACUCCCAAACUUUCUCCUGUUGUCCAGGCUGGGCUGUUCAGAGGGAGCGUUUGUGUCAGUGAUGGGAAAUCUCCAACCUAGACGGAAAUGACCUGCGGGUGAUUGUGCCUUGAAGAAGCCUGAAUCCACCUUCUGAAGCCAUGAAGUACAGGCAAAAAGAUGCCAGUAAUCAAUAUUGAGGACCUGACAGAGAAGGACAAAUUGAAGAUGGAAGUUGACCAGCUCAAGAAAGAAGUGACACUGGAAAGAAUGCUAGUAUCCAAAUGUUGUGAAGAAGUAAGAGAUUACGUUGAAGAACGAUCUGGCGAGGAUCCACUGGUAAAGGGCGUCCCAGAGGAAAAAAAUCCCUUCAAGGAACUCAAAGGAGGUUGCGUGAUUUCAUAAUACAAAAAAAAAAAAAAUUAAAAAAAAAAUCCUUGAGAAUAUCUCAAAUGUUAACGACAAUAUGGAUUUUUCGCAUAUGUAAUACUAUUACUAAGCACGUAUAUGAUUUUUAAAUUUAUAGAUGCAAACUUUUAAUAAAAAUUGGGAUGAGGUAACCCA